AUGCCGAUUUCAUCCGAAAAAGAAGAGAUCCUUCUCUCAAAUGCCCUCGAAGCCUAUAAAUCAGGUGAAUUUACCAGUGUUCAGGCCGCAGCCUCUCAUUUUGGCGUCUCGAAGUGGAAGCUUCGGUACCGAAAGGAAGGCAGGACAAAUGGAAAAGGCCGUGCAGCCGCCAAAAAAGCCCUAAAUUCCUCACAAGAAGCCUCUCUUAUUCGCUGGAUUGAGCACCUUAAUUCAGUAUAUACACCACCAAAUGCUAGUGAUAUUGAGGGUGCUGCAAAUCGUAUUUUACGACAUUGUGGUUCCGACCGGCAGGUUGGCAAAAUGUAUGGGUAUCAAUUCAUUCGACGCCUACCGCCCUAUAUCGGCCUUCGUACACAAAAGCCGGUGGAAAAAGCGAGGAUUGAAGCUGAAUUACACGGUGAAUUAGUUCACUGGUAUGAGGCCAACGAACUAUAUAUCUGGGAUGAGACUGGCUUCCAGCUAGGUAUUGGAACGAAGGAAAACGUCGCUUCUACCCGUAAAUAUGAGACUAUUACGACUAGUGGAAUAGGCCAGAAUAUCACUGGAAUUGAGUGUAUUUCGGCCGAUGGCUGGGUUAUGCAUCCAUGGUUUCUAAUGCGUGGUUCUGAAUAA